AUGUGGGUCAAAUCACUCCUCUCAAGUGAACAACCGACGUGGACACUCUUUGUGCAUGACAUAAUAGCCCAGACAGGCCUGAGUACCGAAAGAAAUAUCAGUCCCGAAGUUAAGCAGAAUAUCUUCUUACAAUCCUUUGGAACCAAAAAGUCCAGCCUACCACGUGACCUGCAAAGAAUGUACGUCAUUGCAAAGGAAACGGGCGUCCGGGUAGAAGGCAUCGCCUUCUCUAGAGAGUUAAUCCGAAACAGACCAAUAUGGUAUCACUCAGAGGCGGACCCCAGAAUUAGACUCCUGACAAAGUCAGCAGCAAGCAUCUGCCUCCGGGAGAAUCACAACCUACGCCUUGUUAGUGAAGCCGAAGAGAUCGCAGACCUUCUCGAUGACCCAAAUCACAACAACUCUCGCCGGGGAGAAAUUUGCCAAUGCUAUAUAUGCAUAGCUAUGUCAGAUAACCUAGGUUGUGAAAAGCCAAAUGAAUGCAUGCUCCGAGCCAAAGAAUUAUUGGACACACUUCCACCAAAGUGGGACCCAAGGUUCAUGCUUCCAAAAGACUAUGAAGAAGCCCCCAAAAUACUUGAGGAAGGAUACAAAUUUGACCGGAGAGUAACAACUACUGGCGACCAAGCCAACUUGUUCAGGAUCUUCACGGAAGGAGGAGUGUGCAACGACCUACCAGAUCUGAGAAUAGGACCCUCAAACACUGCCAUCAUCACGGCGGUGACAGAUGGUUCCUGUAUCGACAAUGGAACUGCGAAUGCACAGGCAGGCACUGGAAUCUACGUGGAGGGAGAAGAGACACUAAAGAUAGCCCUACGGGUGCCAGCCACUCUCCCACAGACCAAUCAAGUAGGAGAAGCGGUCGCGACA